AUGAUUGAUGUACCUCUCAACUCUAUUGUGGAAAUAGUGUUGGUGGAUGAAGCAUCCACAAAAAAUGAUGCUGUUCCUCAAGCAAGGAUAAUUGGUGGCCAUGAGGCUAAGCCAUACAGUCACCCAUAUGUAGUAUCUUUGCAGUUACGAUUUCUUUGGCUCCGUGGCCAUAUUUGUGGGGGAAGUAUCAUCAAAGAAAAUUGGGUACUUACAGCGGCCCAUUGUAUUCAAGAGUCGUGGCUUACAAGAUGGCUGCCUUUGGAAGCUAUUGCUGGAACAAACGAUGUUUAUGAUUUUGGACCAUUAGCUCAAGUGAACUCAGUAGACCAAAGAAUACCGCAUCCCAAUUACCAAGGGCUAAAUGUGUUUCCGCCUAUAAAAUGCAACAAAGCUGUUGCAGAACUUUUAGAAAGCGAUGAACGUAAUCCACUUGACAGAAAUGCACACAUUUGUACCGGUCCUCUAUCUGGAGGUAUUGCAGCCUGUAGUGGGGAUUCAGGUGGACCAUUGAUUGAAAUGGUUUCAAGUAUACCAGUCAUUCGUGGUAUCGUCUCAUGGGGUAUAAGUCCGUGUGGUAUCGAAGGGGGUCCAACCGUAUUUACCAAUGUCUUUGAAUAUAUCGACUUCGUUAAGAAAUAUAGUGACAAUACCUCUUCAUCAAAUUAUAAAUGA